AGUGUUUGGCAGUCCUUCGUAUGGACAUCACGUUCGACUCGAACGACCGAUAUACAUAGAUCGUAGAUCGUUCGAACGCGUAUCUGAUUAUCGAAGAAUAAUAAUACAAAUAGUGGUUCGUAGUUCGUUUAAGUGGACUAUUUCGUAGAUGUUUUCAGCGGGUAUCGUCAAGGCGACGACGUUUCUCCGUUGUUACGUCGUCGUUGUAAUUGUCGUCGUCGUCUUCGCCGGAAACGUCGAGAGUGGAUAGAAACGGAUGAGCGUCGAGAUGUGAAGUCGCCGUCGUUGGAAGCGAUGUGGCUUCCAUUCAUAUUGCUCGCCUUGAUGGCGAGCGGUUCCGCCUGUCCCGAUCUCUGCGUCUGUCAACAAGGUGUCAUCGUCGACAGGGAUUCGCCGCUCUUCGCGGAUGUUACGUGUCGUGGUCGCGUGCCGGAAUUAUCCGAGGUACCCGAUAAUACGAGGAGAUUGUCCGUCGAAGAAGCGGAAGAACACGAGGUAACAAGUUUUCUGACCGAGCUCGAAACAUCGACCGAUCUCGAGUCAAAUACGACGUCCUCGUCGACGAACGAAAGCCGAAGCGCCACUAUCGAGACGGCGCUUCCCUAUUUGGACGAAUUGACAAUGACGAACUGUUCGUUGACGUCCUUGAACGUCUCGUGGCAUGGUUUCGAAAGGUUACGAUUGUUGAAUCUAUCGUACAACGAGGUAACGCACUUGAGUGACGCGCGAGUGUCGAGCCUCAUCGGUUUGACGUGUCUCGAUCUGUCGAAUAAUUUCCUGAAGGACGUGAACGUCGGCGUUUUUAGGACGCUGAGUGAACUGGCGCGCUUGCAUUUACGACGCAACGAGAUCGCGAUGGUGCACGAGGACGCGUUUCGCGGCUUGGAUCGUCUCGAGUUUCUUGAUUUGUCGGAUAAUAGGCUGGCAGACUUACCGGAUAGCGCAUUGACGCCUCUAUACUCUCUUCAAAAGUUAGAUCUCAGCGGUAACCAGCUUCAAGUGCUCGGCGCGAGAUGGUUCGAGAGUCUCGAUAAACUUCGAGAACUCGAUGUCUCAAGGAACGGCUUGGCGAAGGCCGCUUCGGGGACUCUUCAACCUUUACCAGGGCUAUCGGUUCUAAGAUUAGCGGAGAAUCCUCUGGAGGAGAAAGACGUUUCUUUGUUGCUCGGCACCGGAAGGAGAUUAGAAACGGUGGACGCAUCCCGUACAGGUCUUGCAAGAGUCCCGGCAGCUCUCACCAGAUCUGUUCGAGCGUUACGUCUCGCCGGCAAUAAGUUGACCACCAUCAGAGGCGGUGAUCUCGACAGUUAUCCUCUCUUACGAAUGUUGGACAUUUCCGAUAAUCGUCUUACCGAAAUCGAGGACGACGCUUUAGGACGGUUGGAAGUGCUCGAGGAACUCGACGUCUCUGGAAAUCUUUUGACCAAAACUCCCGGAAGUCUUCCCAGUAGUUUAACCGUUCUGAAUCUUCGGCGAAAUGGCAUAACCAUUUUGAAAGCAAACGAUUUUCAGGAACUUCGUAAUUUGAGAUCUCUCAUGUUAAACAACAAUGAUAUCGGGCAAAUCGAAGUUGGAUCAUUCAGUCAACUAUUCGCGCUAAAGGAACUCGAUUUGUCCGAUAAUCCUAUCAAGGCAUUAACCGUUAAUGCUUUGAGUGGACCGAGUAAUCUUGCCAAGCUUCGUAUGUCUGGAUUAACGUCACUUCAGGAGAAAUCCCAACAACAAGGUGACAUGGCGUUUCCUGUACAGACACCGGAACGGCUUAUUGUUCUCGACGUUCAACGAAGUCCCGUUCUGGCGAGACAGUUAUUGACGGACGAUGCUGCUCUCUCCGCUUGCAAAAGUCUCCUCGAAUUAAACCUUUCCCAGACAAAUCUCACGGCCCUUAGAUCGGACUUGCCGUAUUUGCUCCCGCAACUACGUGUUUUACGACUCAUUGGAAACGAUUGGAGUUGCACCGAGGAUCUCUAUUGGUUAGGACAAUGGUUAAGAGAGCACAAAGAGCAAACGCAUAAUCUCGAACUCUCUCAAUGCGCAACUCCCGAGGAAUUAUUGGGAACUUAUUUACGCGAUCUACCAUCGCCACCUGUAACACUUUCGACGAUAAUAUCGACCAUUAAAUCGAUCCCAUCGAUCAUAUCUCUCGAAAUCGAUCGAUCUUUGAAUGAAACGCUCGGAUCGUUUACAUCUUCCUCCAAUGACAUUAUCAAUGGACUCACGAAUUUCACCGAGUCGACCCUGGAAACGAACGAAGAGUUUACUAAUUAUUCGAAUUUAGGAAAAACGACGACUGGCGAAGUUUCCAAUUCUAUGAACGAAAUGGACGGCAUAUCUGUGGAAAAUUCAACGAUAAGAACGACGAACGUGCCCCGCGUUUACGAGGCACCGACUUCCUUUAGAAAUAUAACUUCCCCGACGUUGAAAGGAACGGAUUUAAGAAGAAAGGAGGCAAACGUUCAAAAUUUACGGCGCAAAGUCAAAGGGAAGCUGAUGAUCGAUAUGAAAACGGAUGAGAAAGGUGCAUCCUCUCCUAUCAGUAUCAACAUCUCGGCAAAAGGAAAACCGGAGAAGAGCGAUAAGUUGAAAAAGUUUUUAAUGAAUGGCGGUGGUAAAGAAUUAUCUCCUUCGUUGAAGACAUCCAAGUUUUUGAAUGAAUUUUCUCGAAAUGAGGAAAAGACGACGAUGUCGGAUAAGUACCUGACGAGAGAGAACAACCUAACCAAAGAAAAAUAUGUAUUGACUAAUGGUAUCGUAUCGAAUACGAUAGCCGAGGAAUUGAACGGACGUGCGACCGAUUCUGGUACUCGAUUGUCCGAACAAUUAUCUGGCGCACAUCCCGGAAUGUUGGUUCUCGUUGGAGCAGCCUUAGGUGCGGCUGCAGCUUUGACGGUCGUUUUGUCCAGACGUGCUACUGUACGUCGAAGAGACAGAUACCAUCGUCACGAGAACAUCGAAGUUCAUACGUUAACAGCUAGCACGGAACUUUGGUGACCAGAAUCGGAGUGCGCCAGGCUCUUUGAAAGAGACAGGCGACUCGAGGAACAACAAGAGAGGACGCGAGAAUCGAUACUCGAAAGAUCGAGGAAAGUUAUUCUCGCCGAAUACCUCAGGAAGAUUCUCAAAUAAUUUCAUACAUGCCUCGGUAUCGAUAUCGUGAAACUCGAACGAUUUAUAAACUUUAAUAUUCGUCGUCUCUCAAAGAACAAGGAUAACUUGGUGUUUCAUUACUAGCUCCGUUUUCAAAAACGUAUAAGAUUUUCGAUCGAACGAAUCUAGGACCUUAUUUGGGCGAACACUUCUUGUUCGAUCCUUUUUGCGAUCCCAACGCGAUACUAAAAAAAAAGUCGAAACGUUUUACGGCGAGCAAGGAAGGACGAUGUAUCAAGGAUACAACUUUGAGAGAACGCUCGAACCGAUAUUAACAGUGAAAAGCCUCGACGGUUUCAGGCUUAACUCAUCGAUACUCGAUAAUCCUGAUAACCGAUUCAUAGAUACUCGAACGACAUAGAAGGAUAUAGUUCGUACGAGUUACAUAUGUCGAGAACAAGUAGAAUACUAAUUGUCUAUGCACAUUUUACGGAAGAAGUCGUAAAAAAGUGAAAAAAGAGAGAGAGAGAGAGAGAGAGAGAGAGAGAGA